UCUCUUGGCAGCCAGUAUACUUAACCUAAAUGUAGAAAAUGUAGCAUUGUAGCAAUAGCUUUUUCAUCAGAUACCGAUGAGAUUCCAUAACUUUUAAACGCAAAAAUGAUAUUAUGUAAGCGAAUUUUUGUCAUAUAGAAUAAUCUGAGGUCAAUAUCAGCUGACUUUUGCGAUAAUGUUGUGUCUGUGAUUAACUCUGUGAUUGAGUGCGUAAAUUUAGCCUGAAUUAUGUUGUCGGAGGUUGAUGUGUUUAUCAGCAAUUAUACCCUCGUUGAUCCUGAAAUUUAUCAGCUUUGGGUCGACGGACAUUCUUCCAGCGACGCAGUUAAUAUUCUGCAUCAGCGAGGAAUAUGUCAACAAACUAACGCACCGCUCGAGCUAGUCGCAUCUGACAUACUCGAUCAUUAUCGUACCUAUGCUCUACUUGAGAAAUUACUUCAUACUCCUACAAAGCUUGCUAGCGAACAGCUGGCAUUUCAGAUAGAACCUCAAACUAGUCAAAUGCUUAUAGAAAUGUACUAUGAAUUUGAUGAUAUUGUUAUGCGCGAAUUACUGGGGAAGAAAAUAACAUCCAAAAGUAGAAAGGAUAUGGAGGAAGUGGCAGAGAAGACAGGGAUCACAUUGAAGAGUUGUCGACGACAAUAUGAUAAUGUAAAAAGAGUGUUUAAAAUUGUGGAAGACUUACCAGGUUUUCUCGCAACUAAUAUCAAACAGCAUUUCUUACUUUCAGAUGAUCUUGCUAAACGAUAUGCUGCAGUAGUAUUUAUAGCGUGUUUGCGAUUUGAAAUGAAUAAAAGAAAACUGCAAUUUUUGACAUUUCCCGAUUUAUAUCACUGUGCUAAUAGUAUGAUGACAUCGUGGACAUAUCGUUGUGUUGGAUCUGAAUACUUUGACACUGAUUUAGAUAGGGAAUUUCUACAGGAAUUAUCAGAAUGCAGAGUUCUUUUAGAAAACGAUAAACAUCAUAAACAUCUUGUAUGCCUUAAGCUUAAACCGAUGCUUCUCGAUCGAUCUUAUCAAGAAUUGGAUAUGAAUUUUCGUUCAUAUUCGAGAGCAAUACUCGGAAUUGGAUGCAAUUUGCACAGAUCACGAGAGUUGAGAUUUUUCUUCUUGGAACUAGUUGAGAGAUGCAUCGAACCUUGGCGACAAGUUAAUUGGACGCAUUCCGAUCUACGAAAUUUCUUGGCUGUUUAUACACAGUGCGCUCUUGAUAUGGAUGUACUUAGAGAAGGAGAACUAAGAGAUGCGUUUGAACGUUACAUGACAGUAGUGACAUGCUGCUUAUUACGUAUGUAUCAUACAUGAAUACCAAUGUAAAAACUAUAUAUAUUUAAAAGUUAGAUAUAUGAGCAUACAAUUGCAGUAAUUGCACUAUCAACAUUUUCUUAUAAAUUGAGAUUUUCAAGUGUGUGAUAUGAAACUCUACAAAGUGAAAGAGGCAGCUUAUGGAUAUAUAUAUAUGGCAGUAGAUUAAUAUUGCGCACAUAUUCAUUAAAUAAAAGAUAAUUUUAAUUUAUUUAAACAUGUGACUCAACUAAAUAAAAUACUUUUCAACUGAA